UGGCUGCACUAAUAGGUGCUCUGGCAGCCCGGAAAUAUUCGGGCUCGUCGUACCAUGUCCCCGGUGCACAGCAUAUUACAAUGGAUCAUAUAUUUAAUGGUACAUUCUCAGUGGACAGACAAGGUGUGCGUUGGAUACCCGAAGCUGGUGAUGGCGUGUUUUCGAUUUUCGAGGGCGGCUACAUCAAGCUUGUAGACCUGAAAACGAAUAGGACCGAGAAUCUAGUCGCUAGGUCAGACGUCAAGGACGAGCACGGGAGACAAUUGGGUUGGUCCGAGUGGAGGGUCUCAGCGGACAUGCAGUACAUGCUGAUCAAGACUAACUACCGGAAGCAAUGGCGCCAUUCCUCCCUGGGCAACUACUACUUGCAUUCCAUCCGCGACAAGACCACCGUCCCGCUGCACACCCCUUCCAAUCCACCAGUGACCUCUUACGCGACGUUCUCUCCUUCUGGAUUAUCCAUAGCCUACGUUUCUUCUAAUGAUAUCUACAUAAUCCCUUCCCUCUCCGCACUAUUCACCUCCUCGUCAUCCUCCCUACCGGCUCCUAUCCGCCUGACUUUCACAGGGAACGAGACUCUCAUCCACGGCGUGCCCGACUGGGUGUACGAAGAGGAAGUAUACGGUGCCGAUCACACGCUCUGGUGGUCUCCCGACUCUAAUAGCCUUGCAUACUUGUCUUUCGACGAGACGGACGUGGACGUGUUCUCAUUUCCUAUUUAUAACCCCACGGAGGACAGCUACAAGGUCGUGCCUUACACUCAGGACGUCAAAGUCAAGUAUCCAAAGCCGGGCUACAAGAACCCGCUAGUUAAUAUCCGCGUCUUCGAGCUAGACAAGUACUUGGACGGCGAGUUCGACGAAGAGGACAGGACACGGCCCGCGGCAGUAUCGUCCUUGACUUUGACUCUUGACUGGUCAGACCGUCAGCGACCACAAGACAGCAUCGUUCAGGAGGUGGCCUGGAUAGCGAACCAAACCUUACUUGUGAAGGAAGUUAACAGGGCCGCCGACCGAGGAAGCGUCGUAUUGUUCGACCUUAGCCAAAGUGCUCGCGCCAACAUUGGAAAGGUCGUUAGAACACUUGGAAAAGAUUCCGAGGAAUGGGAUGGAGGUUGGAUUGAUAGCGCUCAGAAUAUAUACCCCUUGUCCAGCAAUCUCGGUCCAGGCGGGUCGGGUGCGCCGGCAUAUCUGGACAUUGUCCCGGAUGCGAAAGGCUACAACCACAUUGCAUUAUUCAGCCCUGCAGACUCCAGCAAGCCCGUCUUCCUGACGACUGGGGAGUGGGAAGUCACUGGUAAUAUCUUGGGUGUGGACAAGAAUGGUACAAUCUACUUCCAAGCGGCUCGCCCAUCUACUGAUCGCCAUAUAUCUGCCGUACAACUCCCUUCAUCUGUCGCAUCUCAUAAGGCUGGAGCCCCUACCGACCUGACAGACUUGUCGGUCCCGGCCUAUUACGACGCCCACUUCUCACCAAAUGCGGGGUUCUACCUGCUUAGUUACCAAGGCCCAGGGAUCCCAUGGCAAAAGAUCCUCCAAGUUAGCAAUGAGUCGUUCAAUUACGUGCUCACGGACAAUGCCCAGCUCAAUCGGACGUACGAGCAGUACGAGUCGCCGAUAAUUUCCCACUCGACGAUCGACAGCGAUGGUUAUGAGCUGAACGUUCUGGAGAUGCGCCCGCCGAAAAUGGACGAUUCAGGGCGGACAAAGUACCCAGUGUUAUUCCGGGUGUAUGGCGGGCCAGGCUCGCAAAUGGUGAGCAACCGAUUCGAGCGGGACUGGCACCACUAUGUUGUGUGCGGACUCAAGUACAUUGUCGUCGUUGUCGAUGGCAGGGGGACUGGGUUCAAGGGCAGGAAGCUGCGGAACCCGGUUCGCGAGAAUCUAGGAUUCUGGGAGACGAAGGACCAGAUAAACGCCGCUAGGACGUGGGCGGCAAAGGCGUAUGUUGAUCCCAAACGUAUUGGGAUCUGGGGAUGGUCAUAUGGUGGAUUCAUGAGCUCGAAGGUAGCGGAAGCUAACGCUGGGAUUCAUUCAUUGGCUAUGGCUGUAGCGCCAGUGACGAGCUGGCGCCUGUAUGAUUCAAUAUACACGGAACGGUACAUGAACUUGCCCGACCUGAAUCCUGAGGGCUAUGUCAACGCGUCUAUCUCCAACGUGACUGGGUUCCACAAUGUGGACUUCCUGUUGGCGCAUGGCAGCGGGGACGAUAACGUGCAUUUCGCCAAUUCGGCGCACCUGCUGGACAUGUUCACGCGGGCACAGGUCAGGGACUUCAGGUUUAGGAUGUUUACCGACAGUGAUCACGGAAUCAACCGGCGCGGUGCGUAUCGCGAGCUAUUUGAGUGGAUGACAGCAUUCCUGCUGGAGAAAUGGGGGAAGGGCGGGAGGCGACGAAGCUGGUGAUAGCAACGGGAUAUCGAGCACCUGCUGUGCUGGAUAAAUUUGAUAGCUUGAGUGCAGGAUUCUGCCAGACAUUGCAAAGCUAUACAGCCUGGACGCAGGUCGAGAUGACGG